AUGAUAACCAAUGAACAUCCUGAAAAAAAAUGCAAAUAUAUAGUUAAUUUACUAACAUUGUUAUUGUUUCGAUCGUCUUCAAUAUCAUGUACUGGAUCGAGAAAUUUAAAUAUUUUUUCUGCAUUACCAUUAGGUCCAUAUAAAGUGAACUUUAAACAGGUAAGGAUUUGUGAUCCUUCAAAAUUCUAUAAAAUACAACAUAAUUUUUAUCUGAGCUAUAACCAAAUAUCUAACUCAACUGAAAUCAGAGGAACCACAAUCAGUAUCAUUCCAUUUGAUGACACUAUGUUUAUGGAAGCAAAUGUUGCAUCCCGAGGAGCAGACGGAAAUUGGAAAGACAAUACAUAUAUGCACAAGUCUCCAAAAGCUUGCUCGACAUUCAGGAAUAUAAUGGGAGCUGAGUGGACCACGGUGAUGACCGAUUUAGGAAUAAAGAAUGCCACAUGCCCUAUACCACCGGGCAAUUAUACGGCUAUAGGCGUGGAUACAUCGUUAUUUUUAAACACCAAUUUGCCUAAAACAUUUGUUUACGGGACGUACAGACUUCGAUAUUAUCAUACUCGUAAUAAUGAAGUUUAUAGCUGUGUACUUUAUGUAUUUGAAAUCAAGCCCCCCUUUUAA